UAGCGGGAUGGAGUAACCAACAUACUCGAAAUAUUUUAAUAGAUUACUAGAAUUUUUAUUUUCCACAUACCUACCACAUUUUAUAUUUAUUAAGAAAUUAUUUUGCCUUUUUCUUUUAUUGGCAUUUCUUUUGUUUUUUUACCCUGUUUUAUCAUUGCUAUUUUCAAUAUUGUUUCUGGUUGAGUUUCAAUUAGAAAUUUAGUAACCGUCAUCAUCUUGUAUCUAGUAUCUUAGGAACUAAUAAUAUUCAGUGAAUCCUAUAAUAGCCCGAUCAAUAUCAAUAAAUUAUCAUGCUCAAAUUAUUAUUUAAUAAUUGUUCGAUAAAAAUUAUUAAAUUUAGCAACGUUAGAAAAAUAAAAUAAAAAUUGAGUGUUCUGAAUAUUGUUUUACUAAGAACGCCGGUCUCAACCGUAUUUUACCGCACUCCCGGACGACGGAGACGACGAUAAUGAUAACUUGCAACGUGUAUAAGUAAUCUCAUAAUGACAAUAUUUAUAACGGACAUGUAAUUGUGACUUUGCGAUGACGAAGACAACAAAGACGGCGGUCUCGUGUCGAGAUUUGAGCUGGCCAAUUAUUUUUUUGCAUCACAAGAUGAUAUACACGCAUGCGUGCAUGUACUGAAAAGUUUCGUAAUAAGACAAUAUAAAUAAUGUAUAGACGUCAAGAAUCUCCUGUCUGUGAACCACCGGCAUCAAAUAUGUAAAGAUGUGUGUGUGUGUGUGUGUAUGUGUGGGUAAAAAGUGGAUAAAAACAAAAAAUAUGUUCCCCGUAUUUUCUUUAUCGUACUCACACUUGCCACCCGUAGCGUGGCACAUUCGCACGACGAUCGGAGAUAUUGGAAUUUAAUAAUCUAAAUUGUUUUUACAAUCGUCCAUCACCGGCUAACCUGUGACUUUAUCCAGGAUAUAAUUUUCAAAUGUAAAAUAUAUUAUAGGAAAUUGUUAUCCCACAGAUUAAAACAUGUGAACAUAAUAAUUAUUACCCCAGGGUAAAAAUAUUCCCUUUCCCGAUUGGAUGAUGUAAAAACCUUAAAUUUCAAAGUCUUCAUAUCACAACUUACUUAAUAAUAUCUAUCUACCUAUAGUACUAGUUAAGACAAAAUACAGAAAGAAGAACUCUAUAUAAUCAUACAAGCUAGCAUAGCAACACGUUUAUAAAACAGUUAACCUAAUUCUCACCUCUUGGAGUAGAUUGCAGAAUAACUAAAAUAAAUUGGCCAACAGAUUUACUCAAAUAUUAAAUAAUAAUUCCCUUGUGUUAGUGUAUUUCCGAGUGGCUUUUCAUUAACCAAAGUAAACAUAAUAUUACUUAAUAAUUCAACAUAGUACGUUAUCACAAUUACUGAUUGUACAUUAAUUGUAAAGACUGUAGACAAAUAUAACAAACAAUAUUUCAAAAAAAAAAAAUUAUCUUCCGUACUUUAGAAAAAAAAAUUAUUAUAUUAUUUUGAGUAGGUAAUAGUAACUGGUGGAGAACAUAUCGCAUGUUAUUAUAUCGUUAUUAAAACCAAGAAACCUAUUCUAAACUAAGUUCUUUGACGUGCUAUUAUAUAAUUAUUAUUUUAUUUUUUUAUGCCCAUACAUACACAGUGGGUGAAAAGUAGGUACAAGACGAGUGUUCUAAACUUUAUUUUUCAGUGAAAUCAUUUUUAAGCGGUAUCAGCUACAAUAGCUUUAUGCUGACAGCUGAUAUAGAGUAUAUAAUAUUUAGUUUUAGUUUUUUUCUUAUUUCCGAGCCGAAAAACUCAUUAACUGACCACAGUUUUAGUAACUAGUUACAACAACGAUCGUUGGCCAACUGUAAAUAAAAACAUAUAAUCAGUAAUCACUUAUCGCAUGUAUAGGUACCCAACUCAUCGCGGUACUGUAAAAUUUAGUUUUGGGAUCGGUUGCGUCAUUUGAAAGUGGGUCAAUUCCCCAGAAUCUCAUUUUACGUUCAAAGAUAUUGACAGGUUCAAAAUAAUAUCUCAUUGCAGAGUAUACAAAAUUAAAUUUACGAAUGGAUUUAUCGAAAAAUAAACGUUUUAACCUAAUACUAUGUUAAUUUCCACAGAAUGGAGGUAAUGAUGCAACGAUCGGGAUUGUCACUAGCAGCUAAUAGUAACGGGAAUACGCAUAAUUUUACUUUUAUAGUAGGGAUCAUCAAAGGUAUAUGUAUCAAUAUGAACUAAAAAUCCAGCAUUGUAUUUUGAUUUUAACGCUGUCUAAAAGACCCUGAAGCUUGAUCCUGACAGAAAGGAACAAACGGGAAGGAAACAUACAAUACUAUAACUUAGUAUUUCUGAACCAUGUAGGUAGAUACCCACUCUAACCAGUAAUGAUUCAGUACUUUUAUCUCAUGACAACAAUAUGCUGAACAAAAUUUCAUAAUAUGUCCUUUCAUGAUAUACAUAAUUAUUUCCGAUUAAUGCGUGGCUGGUGCUAAAGUUAAUUUUUCCUGUUUAAGCGCUGUCUUGUUUUUCCAAUAUUUAUAAUUCACGCGACAAAACCAAACCGAACCUAACCACUAAUGCAACAAAAAUUGUUUUUUUUUUUUAUGGUGAUAAUAUUAAGUUUGUGUUUUUAUGUGUGUGGCAAGCUGGUAAUUAAAUAAAUAAAUGUUCGCGGUUGCGGUAAUCGAAGAUGAUCAGCUGAUGUGUGCUUGGUAUCCAGGCAGCGAAACUUGAUGAAUCUCCGAGGUUUUUUUUUUCUCGGUCAGCCAAACAACAACACCGCUACUACGUUAUUGCCGUCAUACAUGUUGUUAUUAUUAUUAUGAUUAUUAUUAUUUCGCGUGGCGCGAUAACGUCGUCACACCGCAGCAAGCCGUCUGUUUCGGACAGUCAUGAACCGGAAACGUUUUUACCGGAACCGCUAUCGUAGUCACCCUUCCCCGACGCUGUUGACCACCGCCACCGCUACAAUCGUCGCCGCCGUUAUCGCGUUGGCGGUACUGUCGCCGACGGUUUACAGCCGAGUUUACCCGCCGCCGUACAAGUUGUCGUCUUGCGCGACCGUCGUGCCUCGACAAACUGCUGAAGUAUCACGGCACUUUCGGUCGACGAAGACACACAUCACCACAGCCACAGACAGUGAAUAUAGCCGAUUCACGACCACGAUGCACCAUCGAAGACGGCACCAAGUCGCAAGACUAAUAGGUGAAACCGUUACAGUGGGUCAGACAGGAAACAAUACGUCAAACCAUACACGUUGCUACAAGAUCAAAUUCACCACGGCUGUACCUACCACCAAACGUUGGUCGCCGAUACUAAAAACGUACCCCAAUUUUCCGGCAAUGAAUUCCACGGUGACCAAAGCCACCACGGGUAAAAUAACCAAGAUAACCAAGAUAACCAAAGCUUCAUCGACAACUGAAGCUACUACCGAACCAACUGAAGAAAUCCAAGAGACUGAAGAAAUUACAACUACUGAACAAACCAGGUCAAGCGAAGAAACUACAUGUACAGAAGAAACUGCAUCUACAGAAGAAACUUUAAGUUCUGAAGAAACGACCUGUUCAGAAGAAGAAACGACUACAAAGAUGGAAGAAACUACUCCAAAGAAAAACACGAAAAAGGCAACCAAUGAAUCAACAAAAACCGAAAAAGCUAGUAAGGCGACUGUAAUUUCUACGGAAAAAACGAGCAAAACUACCAGAAAAUCUAGUAAGUCGACUGGAAAAUUGAGCAAGGUGACCAAAAAAAUUAUCAAGACGACCGAAGCAUACGAUGAGGUAGUGACGUGCUCCGAAGACCCCUCGUGUGACGAAGAGCCUUCGUGCCUUGACGACGAAGUGAAGACGCCAAAACCGAUAAAGAAGAAGUCUCCGCCGGUUAAGAAAUCGACGCCAGUAAUAAAAACAAAAAAUCGGUCAAAGAUGAAACGAAUCGAUCGUAAGAGACAGUCUCCGAAUACCAUGUGUCAUCAGUCAUCGUCAUCUUCGCCGUCGCCGCCAUCGGCUACAAUCGCAUUAGACGAUUCGCUGUGGUCCGACGAUGGACUUAACUAUGAAUGGCGGUGAUCGGACCUGAUCGAUGGGAGUAAAUUGCAGUCACCACCGAUGGAUCGAAAUUGCGUACAAACUACGGCCGCGACGGUAUCGAUUCGGCGACCAAUCGAUCGAUCAAGGUCCUCGAUACGUUAGCUGCACAGUCUUACAGUUAUAGUUUUAUUACCUAAAUGUAUAUCAUAUAAUAUUAUAAGCCCGCAUGAGGUCACCGUUGUUCAUGUUCCGCCGAUGUUCAAAAAUGUUGUACCAAAUUAAUUUUGUCCGAUAACGGUUUUUUUCUCUUUGUUACAAAUACCAAAUGAUCUUCAACUGUAUUUUUCUUAGUGCCAGAAAAUCUGUUAUGAGCGGUGUUUUUUUUCAACUUUUUGAAACGUUAUUUUCAUGAAAAGAUUUUUGAAAUGUUUUAAAUACAGUAGUUGAAGAAUAGAUGUUGAAUAUAUUAUAAUAAUUAAUGACCAAUGAAUAAAAUAAAAACAAUAGAGACAAAUUGCAAUAGUAUAACAUUAUAUUAUUAUAUAAUAAUAUAGUCGUUAACGAAUUUCACUGCAAUUAGACGGGUACGUACACGACUACUACUUAAACACGAUUAAUCAACAGACCUGAAAUGGUUUGUUUGUCGAAACUGUCUGGAAACAAACAGUUGAAGCUAUUUUAGACGAAUAUAAAUAAUAUGUUAACGCUAAAAACUAAAAAAUAUUAUCCACGUCCAAUUUUAAAUCGAUAAAACGGAUUUAUCAUAAUGUGACAUUUGUAUUUUAUUUACGUUUUCUCGUUUUAAAUGUUUUUGUGCCAAAUAACGAGCCGAGUAAAUUUGAAUAAAAAAAUCGGUGUCA